UUGUAUGGCUCCCCUGCCACCCUCUCUCACAUUCAGGGCAGUUGUCUCGCUCUGACUGCCGCUGUGGGUGAGUAAUAAAUAUAGUCUGGCGUCUGUUCGAUUUUGUUUGAAAUGCAAAUGAAGUUUUGUAAUCGAACCGCGUUCGUCUUAUCAGUUAACGCCUUUCCCAGUGAUUACAAUUGCAUCAUACCUCGACAUUGUGUACUUAAAUAUUUAUGGCAAUGAUCGUGAUCAUGAUUGUAAACAAACAAAACAAAACACUUUCACUAUCAAUAUUCAGCCUGCACUUAAUCUGCAAACGCUCUUCAUUCGUUCAGUCGAAGAUGUCGUUUCAGCUGUUACUGUUAUUGCUGCUAUCCAGUAGCUUCCAGGCUCACUGUUACUAUCACGAAUAUCUUUACUGGGAAUUGAAUGACCCACCUCCCAUUUGCUCCGAGUACGAGAUGCUCAUAGUGAACACGCAUCAAUGCGUGCGUCGCUGUAAUAUAGUGUGUGUGCGCGGAAUUUGCUUUGAGGAUGGUCCAUGUCCCUGCGACAAUCAGUAUCAGAGUGCAUUUGAAGAUGGCGUUGCCUGUGCCGCUGAAUGUGUGCCAGGUUGUCUGGAAGCAGGUGGCUAUUGUGCCGGUCCCGAGCUGUGCAUUUGUCCUAAGAGCAAACAUUAUUACUACGAUGAAGUGGCGCGACGCUGUCGUCAUCGUUUGCCGCGACUGCUUGAUUUAUGCCGCGGUCGCUGCACCCAUGGAAGCUGCUCGUUCGAUGGCCGCUGCAUUUGCGCACAGGGUUACGAAAUGCGAGCGACGUUGCUACAUGGCCCACAAUGCACGCCCAUCUGUGAUCACGAUUGUGGCCCCAGGGCAUAUUGCUUUGCGCCCAACUUGUGCGCUUGCCGGCACAAAGACUUUCACUUCGCUUACAAUGGCAACUGCACCAAGGACUAUUGACCUUUUGUUUUUUGCACAUUCCAGUCUAUUUUAAGCAUUACAUUACGAAUUUUAUUUAUUGACUUUGGACUAAUUAGUAAGCUACUGUAAAUAUAUACUAAUUAAUAGACAGACAGCCGGCAG